AUGGUGGAACCUGAAUCUUCUACGCAUUCUGCUUCUAUGGCAAAUGCUAAUGAAUCUUCAAGAAAUUCGUCGGAUGAUUCUUCAAGUGUAUAUUACUUGCAUCCAUUGGAUAAUCCUGGAGCUCUUUUAGUUUCUGAAAUCUUGACUGGUGCAAAUUAUAUUGCGUGGAGUAGAUCUAUCUCCAUUGCUCUUACAGUUAAGAAUAAAAUUACAUUUAUAGAUGAAAAAGAAAUUCAUGGAAGUCUGUUGUACUUCACAGCUGCAUGUGAUGUUUGGGAAGAACUCAAAACAAGAUGUGGAAUUCUUGAUAGAUGUUCUUGCAAUCUUUUAAAGAUUUUUACAGAUAGGCAGCAAUCAGAUUAUGUGAUGAAAUUUCUCAUUGGUUUGCAUGAUUCUUACUCUAUGAUGCGAAGUCAAUUACUUCUCCAAUCACCUUUGCCUUCUAUGAGCAAAGUUUUUUCUUUGCUACUACAAGAAGAAAAUCAAAGAUCAUUGUCUAAUGCUGUUGGUUUUUCCAUGGAUUCUUAUGCUAUGAUUGCUGCACAAACACAGAAGUCUGUUAUUACUAAUGGUACUCAUUUCACAAAAUCAAAAGCCAGAGGAAAUAUUAUUUGUUCUCAUUGUGGAUAUACUGGUCACCUUGCAGAUAAGUGUUUUCAUUUGAUUGGAUUUCCACCUGGAUGGAAGGGUCCACGAGGCAAGAAAAUUAUUACUCCUCAAAAUGGAAAUACAAAUACAAAUUUGUCCAAUGCAAAUGUUGCUUCUUCUUUGGAAUUCAAUUCAAGCAUCUCAAAUAUAUUUUCUCAAGAGCAAAUUCAAAACUUGCUGUCCCUUGCAAAUGGCCUUUCAAAUACAAAUGUAACCCCUAUAGCAAAUACAGUCUCUACAUCAGGUAUCAUUUCAUGUCAUGUUGUUUCAGCUGACAAAAACUCUUCUCCAUGGAUUCUUGAUACAGGAGCUACAGAUCAUAUGAUUUGUUCUCCUCAUUUUUUCACUUCAAUUCAUCUACCAAAACAACCAUUUGCAGUUCAUUUACCGAAUGGUCAAUCUGCUCCUGUUAUUUUUACUGGAACUGUUCAUUUUUCAGCUGAUAUUAUUUUACAUAAUGCUCUCUAUAUUCCUUCUUUUAGUGUUAAUCUCAUUUCUGCUUCAAAACUUACUAAAGAAAAUUCUAUUGGUUUACAUUUUCUUCAAUCCAAAUGUAUUUUGCAGAACCUAAUCAGCUGGAAGAUGAUUGCUGAAGUAAAAUCUGGCCUAUAUCAUCUACAACAAUCUCCUGUUAUAGCAAGGGAUAAAUCUGAUCUCAAGUAUAAAUCUUCUGUUUCUUCAGCAAAUAAUUGUACUAUCAAUGCUGAUAUUUGGCAUUUUCGCCUAGGACAUAUUCCCUCUACCAUAAUGAAAUUUAUCAAUGCUAUAAAUUCCAAUGUAUCAGCAAAUCCAAUUCAUACAUGUGAAGUUUGUCCUUUAGCCAAAUAG